AUGACGACCCGGGACGAGGUCGGAGAAGAGAAGCCCAAAGUGAAGAUGCUGUCUCGCUUCGGGAUCGACAAGUCCCGCCUGCACGGCCCCGGGUUCCGGUCGAAAGGCUUCGCCAUCACCGACCUCCUGGGCCUGGAGUCGGACCUGCAGGCCCGGCAGCUGCCCGGAGGAGCCCCGGGCUCCGGCCUGUCGGCGGUGGGCUCCGGGCCCGCCGAGCCGCACGGAGCCGGCGGCGGCCUCGGAGGCUUCUCGUUCCCGGGAGGAUCUCUGCCGCUCGGCCUCGGCUUCCUGUGCAGCCUGGCGGCGCAGCAGCCCCCCGGUGCUCCGUGCUUCCUGCCCGGCCACCUGCCGCUGCUGCAGGCCCGGACCGAGAGCCACUACCUGCACAGCCUGGAGGCCCAGAGGGACAACUACUCCGAUGAAGAGUGUCUCUCAGACAGAAACGACCCCAAGUCUUCAGGAAACUCUCAGAAGAGGAAGAAGAGGAGACACCGGACGGUGUUCACCUCCCACCAGCUGGAGGAGCUGGAGAAGGCUUUUCACGAGGCUCACUAUCCAGAUGUUUACGCCCGAGAGAUGCUCGCCAUGAAGACUGAGCUGCCCGAGGACCGGAUACAGGUCUGGUUCCAGAACCGUCGGGCAAAGUGGCGGAAGCGUGAGAAGUGCUGGGGUCGCAGCAGCGUCAUGGCGGAGUACGGCCUCUACGGGGCGAUGGUGAGACAUUCCAUCCCGCUGCCCGAGUCCAUCCUCAACUCCGCGAAGAACGGCAUGAUGGGAUCCUGCGCCCCCUGGCUGCUCGGUGAGCCGCAUGCACGAAUGCACAAGAAAUCUUUAGAAAUGGCCAAAAAGUGUUCCAGUCCUCCAGCGUCUGAAUCCACUCGCUCCGACUCCUUCAGCCCGGCGGAGCGGCGGGGCAGCGAGGUCCGGGAGGUGGAGCCGGGGGAGGAGCUGUUGGAGGAAGAGGAGGAGCUGGAGGAGGAAGUGGCCAUCGACCUGUCCAGCUCCUCCAAACAACAUCACGAGGACGGAGGGAGGAGCCUCCCCUCGCCGCGGCGACAGAGCGGCGGCGAGUCGGACGAUCACAGCUGAAGGUCGAUCCGUCCUUUCUGUUUUGAAGACACAGGGAUUUGAUUGGCUCGUGGAGCACAGCCAAUCAUUGAACAGACAUGACAUCAUUUGCUACUAUGCAAAGUUUUUAAUUAAACACGGUUACGUCAGAGUUGUUUUUUCAUUUUUAAAUAGCUGUCAACAUGUAGCAUUUUAACUAUUGAGUUUGACUGUUAGCAUGUGGCUAUUUCCUAAAUAUUAAGUGGAAAAUAUGAUCUAAAAGUGUUUUAGAAAGCUAAUCCACUUAGUAUUUAAUGGAAUAAGAGGGCUAUAAACACUCUUGGACAUUUUUGAAACCAGUGAAAUUAAUGUACAAAAAUAAAUAUGUAUUUACGCUUUGAAAGUUUUAUUUACGACUUUUUAUCAAUGAAGCAAAGGCUAUUGAUGCACCUGAAAAUGAGCUGCGUGUGAAAACAGUAGCUCAGUUGGUUCUGUGCUCCAGGAAACGCUAACGUCAGGUGAGAAUGUCGGACUGAGAGUUUUGUGUUUCCUGUUGGACGAGGUAAAUGAAAAGCCUGCGUCUGUGUCUUUAUCAUCGUUUUGUCCUGAACGUACGUUUUAUAUCUGUGAUUUUGAAAAAGAGAAUAUUUAAUGUUUUAUUCCUGAUGGUGUUUGACUGCAGCUCUGUGAAUGAAUGUAAUGUAAAUGUUAUAUUU